AUGGAGGCAGAUAUUGAAGAGCCGGAAAGCAGCACUAUAGUGGAUUCCGAUCGAAGGGAUCUGGCUGAGGACCCUCUAGCGCGGGCAGUGGCAGCAGCAGCUUCGGCGUCGUUGUACAGCGCCUCUGGCAUGCCUCAUCGAUGUUUGGAUUUCGUACGAGU